CGGGAGGCUCUUUCUUGGUCGGAAAACUGCAGGACCACUAUCCCUCGCUCGCCCGUCGUUAUUGCAACAGCUCAACAGGUUAGGUCUUGAGCUCACCCGCCUUCAACUCUCGCAGAGGGCCGAGCGGUCUUAUCUUACUGCUGUGUCCGCCUUCCGGAGGGGUUCCUUCAGUCCGCAGCUUGUUCUGUCGGCACUCCGCCGUGAUCUCUUGACGGGUGUACAUUGUGCAAAGCACGAUGACCGACGGCACCGCCGCCAAGACACCAUCUUCUACUCAUAACUUGCCUCAACCAUCGCCUCUCAACCUCUCCGCUCUUCGGUCCACGAGUCCGGCGCCUCCCUUUGUCCCGACCUUCGACGCAAACUCCGGCGCCCGCAGAGCUUUUGUGGAGAUUGAACAAGUGUAUGAGCCUUUCCGCAAGCAACAGAACGAAGCAGCGGACUUUGUCUUUUCAGAAGAGAAGAGUGCGAGACUCGAACCCGCAGAGCCUCUCCCUACUUCUCCCCCACCUCCACCGUACCACGAUGCGGAGCGGAAAGCAGAAUCCAGUGGGACGCCGGGCACGAUGAAAAAUGACAUAUUUGCUUCGGCUUUCAGGGAGGGCUCCAUAUUUCAUGGCUUGCUCUCGCCGCAAGUAGACACUCCGAAACAGCGGCAGCGUGAUGCGCCCACUCCACAAAGCAAUCGGCCCAAUUCAGCUUCCACGCCAGCUGACACACCACGGAGCAAGAACUCGAUCUUUGAAAUGUCACAUACCAUCUCUAAACCAGCGGUAAACAUGGACGCAAACGAAUUGAGCGCGCUUCGACAGGGACGUCUAAUCAAUAGCGACGAACUCACGUACGCGGGGACGUCACCACGCUCGCCGCAUCAGUACUAUCCACCUCCACAUGCCCAGCCUCCUUCCACUGGCAAGACAUACUACGGUCAGGGAUCCCCUUACAGCUCAUCCAUGACCGUUCCGCUAUCACUUCCGACCCCUCCAGCAGUAACGCCAUCAAUCGCAUCGCCGCCGGCAAUAGACAACGAGGCCGUUUUCCUGACCGACGCGAAUACAUCCGGCCGACGUGGCUUUGUGGACUUGGAUGAGAGUCAGUUCAAGGUGACGCCCAUUGUCACAGUUCGGAAGCGACCUGUGGACCCGGACACGGAAGCAUUGACAUCACCGGCACUGCUAUCUCCUUCAUCGGAAGCAACGCCAGCCCCAUCAGCGAAACUCCGAGCGGCCGCUGAAGAAGCUCGCCGGCGAAAGGCGCGAGACAGGCCGCAGGUCAUUGUCUCGCCCGCAAAGUGGGACAACAUCAACCUCACCUUCCUCCCCACGCGUCGCAAUUUUCUCGGGGAGGGCCGAUACGCCCAGGUCUAUCUGGGCUACUAUACCGUAACGGACUCGUCUCCCGAAAAAACACCCUUCCCUGCAUCCUCACCUCGGCCGCCACAGUCGGGCCUACCGGACCUGGAGAGUUCAGAUCCGCUCGUACCUUCAUCUGGGAACUUCCACCCUUGCGCUGUCAAACGGCUGCACAAUACCCUGGAGUCACAGUCGGUUGGGCUUUCGGAGGUCUGCAUUCUUCGCAAGCUUUCGCCGUUGCAUCCGAAUAUCGUGAAGUUGAUUGGGGUCAAAGACGAGGCGGACGUUGACAACCCGAAUGUCAAAGCCCAGCUGGCUUCUUCGGCCGAGAACCCGACUUUGGAAUCACGCCCACAAACCAAAAAGCGCACCUUAUCAGAUUCCAAAACGAUCGACCCGUCGCCCAGACUGCUCAUCUUGCUGGAAUAUCUCCCGAAAGGCGACAUGUGGGAAUGGGUGCAGCGGAACAAGCAGAGUGUUGGGAAACGGUUGUGGGUCAAAUGGGCACGGCAGCUUGCUAGCGCUAUCGCCUGUAUGCAUGCGGAGGGGAUUGUGCAUCAUGAUAUUAAGCCGCACAAUGUUUUGGUAUGCCUAGGGAAAUCUGCCAAUUGACGCAUGACGCACGUCAGUAUUGAGUUACUUACCCCUAUCCCGUGAUUCCGCAGCUUACCGACUUCCUGGACGUAC